AUGAGCACUAAGCCUGAUGUGAUUCGCAAGUGUUUGUGGCCUGCAUGCCUGGUGGGUCUGCUCAUCACUGGUGUGCUCUCCCUGGACUGUAACUUGCUACAUUUUCACCUGAGGAAAGUCACCUGGCAAAAUCUGAGACUUCUGAGCAGUAUGAGCAAUUCAUUUCCUGUAGAGUGCUUAAGAGAAACCAAAGCUUUUGAGUUGCCCCAAGAGAUCCUAUCACACACCCAGCCCGUGAAAAGAUACAUCAAGGAGGCCUUCUAUGAAAUGUCUAUACAAGCCUUCAACAUUUUCAGUCAGUACACCUUCAAAUCCACUUGGGAAAAUGAUUAUCUGAAACAAAUCCAAAUCGGACUUGAUCAACAGCUGCAAUACGUGGAACGAUGCUUGGAGGAAGAGGAGAAAGAAGAGGAUGACUCAAAAGAGAUGGAAGAGGAUGGGAUAAACCGCUCAGAAGCUAUGGUCCCCCAGCUAAGCAAUCUAGAACUGAGGAGAUAUUUCAAUAGGAUAGACAACUUCCUGAAAGAAAAGAAAUACAGCCACUGUGCCUGGGAGAUCAUCCGAGUGGAAAUCAGAAGAUGCUUCUACUACUACUUUCAGAAAUUCGCACCACUGCUCAGGAAAAAAUAA